GCGCUCCGGUUCGGGCUGGGCGCGGGGCGUCAGGGCCCGACUCCCCAGCCGGGAGCGCGUGCCGGCGGGCUCCGGGGCGACUGCGUGGGGCCGCCCCGCCCCCUGGAGCCGCAGCCACGUGCGAGCGGCAGGCCCGGACAUGCCCGGUCGGCGCGGUCCGGGAACCGAGACUGGGCCAGAUGCCUGGAGUUACUGUAAAAGACGUGAACCAGCAGGAGUUCGUCAGAGCUCUGGCAGCCUUCCUCAAAAAGUCUGGGAAGCUGAAAGUCCCUGAAUGGGUGGACACUGUCAAGCUGGCCAAGCAUAAAGAGCUUGCUCCCUACGAUGAAAACUGGUUCUACACACGAGCUGCUUCCACAGCACGGCACCUGUACCUCCGGGGCGGCGCUGGGGUCGGCUCCAUGACCAAGAUCUACGGGGGACGUCAGAGAAACGGGGUCAUGCCCAGCCACUUCAGUAGAGGCUCCAAGAGCGUGGCCCGCAGGGUCCUCCAAGCCCUAGAGGGGCUGAAAAUGGUGGAAAAGGACCAAGAUGGGGGCCGCAAACUGACACCUCAGGGACAGAGAGAUCUGGACAGAAUCGCUGGACAGGUGGCAGCUGCCAACAAGAAGCAUUAGAACAAAUGCUGGGUCAAUAAAUUGCCUCGUUCGUAA